AUGGAGGCCGCCGGAGCACAACACCGUGUGCGUAUCAGCAGCACGGACCUGCUGAACAUGGCGUUCCUCAGGGGCAGGGAGGAAGCCAGCAAGCUGUUGCCCAGAGACGACAGGCUCGUCAUCAGCCCGGAGCCUCAUCACAUGGAGAUCACCGGCAGAGCAAGCAAGCUGAUGGCGAUGGCCGCGCCAGCAGACGACGAAAUGGUCGCCAGGAUGACGGCCAGCGACUGUGAGCUGCCCAAGGAAGAGAUGGAGCACCUGCGCGCCGCCAUGGCGGACGAGGCGGCCGCCAGGGAUGUGGUGGACGACGACCGCCGCGGCGCGCGCGAGCUGCUCCGGCAGGUGAAGCAGCACGCGUCGCCCACGGGGGACGCCACGCAGCGCCUGGCGCACUGCCUCGCCGCGGCGCUGGAGGCGCGUCUCGCCGGCGCGGGGACGGGGACGCUUCGAGAAGGUGGCCUUCACGUUCGCCAACCAAACCAUCCGCCGCGCCGCCGCCGGGAGCCCCCGGCUGCACGUCGUGGACUACGGCCUCCACCUGGGGCUCCAGUGGCCGGGCCUGCUGCGGCGGCUGGCGGCCAGGGAUGCGGCCCGCCGGAGGUGAUCAUCACCUUCGUCGACCUGCCCCAGCUGGGGUUCCGGCCAGCCAGCCGCAUCGAGGAGACCGGGCGCAGCCUGAGCGCAUACGCCCGCGGCAUCGGCGUGCCGUUCAAGUCCCACGCGGUAGCGGCGGCGAGAUGGGACGCCAUCGGCGCCGACCAGCUGGGCAUUGCCGUCGACGACCCCGGCGCGGUGGUCGUCGUGAACAGCCUCUUCAAGCUCGAGACGCUGGCCGACGACAGCGUGGUGGUGGACGGCGGCCCGAGCCCCAGGGACCGGGUCCUCGCCAGCAUCCGCGGGAUGCGGCCGUCCGUCUUCACCCACGGCGUCGUCAACGGCUUCGCCGGCAACUCCUUCCCGACGAGGUUCCGGAAGGCGCUCUUCUACUUCUCGGCCGUGUUCGACGUGCUGGAGGCGACGAUGCCGAGGGCCAGCGAGCGGCGGCGAGUGCUGGAGCGCGACGUGCUGGGGCCGUGCGCGCUCAACGUCGUCGCCUGCGAGGGCCGCCACCGGACCGACCGCUUCGACUCGUACAGGCAAUGGCAGCUCCGGAGCCGACGCGCCGGCCUCCGGCAGCUGCCCUUGGACAGGGAGGUCGUCGGCGAGGUUAGGGACGAGGUCGGAAAGCACGGGUACCACAGGGACUUCGUAAUCAGCGAGGACCACGGGUGGCUGCUGCAGGGGUGGAAGGGACGCAUCCUCUACGCUCACGCAAACUGGGUUGCAGAUGACGACGACGACGCAUCUCGUCCCUGA